AUCCAGUUGGUGACCAGGCUCUCCGAAUUAAUAAAAGGAUUUGUUGUUGUUUUCAUAGCAGUUGUCCAGGAACCCUUCCAGACGCGGUUAGCGAGAUGGGGCUCAGCCUUGUGUCUCGGGGGCCGUAACAGACGGCAAGGUGGAGGCGGCUUCCUGGCCCCACAGCCGGACCUCGGCACCUCGAGUUCGUUCACCCGGGCCGGGUGCUGGCUGGCUGCAGUCAGGCCUGGCUGCGCAGCGCAGGCGGAGCCCGGGCGCAGGGCCAGUCCCAUCACCGCCGCCGCCGCCGCGAGCCCGGACCUGCCCGCCCGACCUGGCGGCGCAGUCUCGCGGGAUCGCUCAGCUCUCGCUCCCCGUGCGGUUCCCGAGGCGGCUCCAGUCCCCGACGCUCCCCGGAGCCGUCUCAGUUCGCUGUGGGGACGGUGGGCUGGACGGAGACCGGAAGGGAGAGCGGCCUUCGACCGCCGCCCGAGUAAUUGAGCCAGGACUCGUUUUCUGGAAAACCGCUACCUUCAAAAUGGUAAAAUAGUGAAAUGAGGAAUUUAAACAUUUUACUUUUGGAUGGGUAUCUUCUGAGAAUGAAAAGAAUGAUUCAUCCAAGCCAUGUGGUAAAAUCAGGAAUUUGAAGAAAAUGAAAAUGUUUACAUUUUGGUUGACUUGUAUUUUUCUACCCCUCGUAAGAGGGCACAGUCUCUUCACCUGUGAACCAAUUACUGUUCCCAGGUGUAUGGAAAUGGCCUACAACAUGACAUUUUUCCCUAAUCUCCUGGGUCAUUAUGACCAGAGUAUUGCCGCGGUGGAAAUGAAGCAUUUUCUUCCACUUGCAAAACUGAAAUGUUCGCCAAAUGUUGAAACUUUUCUCUGCAAAGCAUUUGUACCAACCUGCACAGAGCAAAUUCAUGUGGUUCCACCUUGUCGUAAACUUUGUGAGAAAGUAUAUUCUGAUUGCAAAAAACUAAUUGAAACUUUUGGAAUCCGAUGGCCUGAGGAGCUUGAAUGUGACAGAUUACAAUACUGUGAUGAGACUGUUCCUGUAACUUUUGAUCCACACACAGAAUUUCUUGGUCCUCAGAAGAAAACAGAACAAGUCCAAAGAGACAUUGGAUUUUGGUGUCCAAGGCAUCUUAAGACUUCUGGGGGACAAGGAUAUAAGUUUCUGGGAAUUGACCAAUGUGCACCUCCAUGCCCCAACAUGUAUUUUAAAAGUGAUGAGCUAGAGUUUGCAAAAAGUUUUAUUGGAAUAGUUUCAAUAUUUUGUCUUUGUGCAACUCUGUUCACAUUCCUUACUUUUUUAAUUGAUGUUAAAAGAUUCAGAUACCCAGAGAGACCAAUUAUAUAUUACUCUGUCUGUUACAGCAUUGUAUCUCUUAUGUACUUCAUUGGAUUUUUGCUAGGUGAUAGCACAGCCUGCAAUAAGGCAGAUGAGAAGCUAGAACUUGGUGACACUGUUGUCCUAGGCUCUCAAAAUAAGGCUUGCACCAUUUUGUUCAUGCUUUUGUAUUUUUUCACAAUGGCUGGCACUGUGUGGUGGGUGAUUCUUACCAUUACUUGGUUCUUAGCUGCAGGAAGAAAAUGGAGUUGUGAAGCCAUCGAACAAAAAGCAGUGUGGUUUCAUGCUGUUGCAUGGGGAACACCAGGUUUCCUGACUGUUAUGCUUCUUGCUAUGAACAAAGUUGAAGGAGAUAACAUUAGUGGAGUUUGCUUUGUUGGCCUUUAUGACCUGGAUGCUUCUCGCUACUUUGUACUCUUGCCACUGUGCCUUUGUGUGUUUGUUGGGCUCUCUCUUCUUUUAGCGGGCAUUAUUUCUUUAAAUCAUGUUCGACAAGUCAUACAACAUGAUGGCCGGAACCAAGAAAAACUAAAGAAAUUUAUGAUUCGAAUUGGAGUCUUCAGUGGCUUGUAUCUUGUGCCAUUAGUGACACUUCUCGGAUGUUACGUCUAUGAGCAAGUGAACAGGAUUACCUGGGAGAUAACUUGGGUCUCUGAUCAUUGUCAUCAGUACCAUAUCCCAUGUCCUUAUCAGGCAAAAGCAAAAGCUCGACCAGAAUUGGCUUUAUUUAUGAUAAAAUACCUGAUGACAUUAAUUGUUGGCAUCUCUGCUGUCUUCUGGGUUGGAAGCAAAAAGACAUGCACAGAAUGGGCUGGGUUUUUUAAACGAAAUCGCAAGAGAGAUCCAAUCAGUGAAAGUCGAAGGGUACUACAGGAGUCAUGUGAGUUUUUCAUAAAGCACAAUUCUAAAGUUAAACACAAAAAGAAGCACUAUAAACCAAGUUCACACAAGCUGAAGGUCAUUUCCAAAUCCAUGGGAACCAGCACGGGAGCUACAGCAAAUCAUGGCACUUCUGCAGUAGCAAUUACUAGCCAUGAUUACCUAGGACAAGAAACUUUGACAGAAAUCCAAACCUCACCAGAAACGUCAGUGAGAGAGAUGAGAGCAGAUGGAGCAGGCACCCCCAGGUUAAGAGAACAGGACUGUGGUGAACCUGCCUCCCCAGCAGCAUCCAGCUCCAGACUCUCUGGGGAACAGGUCGAACGGAAGGGCCAGGCAGGCAGUGUAUCUGAAGGUGCACGGAGUGAAGGAAGGAUUAGUCCAAAGAGUGAUAUUACUGACACUGACCGGGCACAGAGCAACAAUUUGCAGGUCCCUAGUUCUUCAGAACCAAGCAGCCUCAAAGGUUCCAGAUCUCUGCUUGUUCACCCAGUUUCAGGAGUGAGAAGAGAGCAGGGAGGUGGUUGUCAUUCAGAUACUUGAAGAACAUUUUCUCUUGUUACUCAGAAGCAAAUGCGUGUUACACUGGAAGUGACCUACACGCUGUUUUGUAAGAAUCACUGUUACAUUCUUCUUUUGCACUUAAAGCUGCAUUGCCUACUGUUGUACUGGAAAAAAUUGAGUUCAAGAAUAAUAUGACUCAUUUCACACAAAGGUUAAUGACAACAAUAUACCUGAAAACAGAAAUGUGCAGGUUAAUAAUAUUUUUUUAAUUGUGUGGGACAGAGAGGAAUCUUCCUUUUCUAUUUAUGAAGAUUCUACUCUUGUUAAGAGUAUUUUGGGGUGUACUAUGAUGUUUUACCUUUUUGAUAAAAAAAAUCAAGAUAUUUCUUUGCUGAAGUAUUUAAAACUUAUCCUUGUAUCUUUUUAUAUAUAUUUGAAAAUAAGCUUAUAUGUAUUUGAACUUUUUUGAAAUCCUAUUCAAAUAUUUUUAUCAUAUUAUUGUGAUAUUUUAGCACUUUGGUAGCUUUUACACUGAAUUUCUAAGAAAAUGUAAAAUAAUAUUUUUACCAUAAAAAAAUUGACAUACCAAAAAGUCUUAUAGUAGGAAUUUAACUUUAAAAACCCACUUAUUGCCAUUUUACCAUCUAAAAUGUGUGAAUUUUAUAGUCUCGUUGUUUUAGGAAUUUCACAAAUGUAAAUUAUGUAGCUGAAAUAAGGUGCUUUCUGAAAGAGUGUCCACUAUUGAUUGCAUUAUGCUGCUCACUGAUCCUUCUGCAUUUUUAAAAUAAAAUGUCCUAAAGGGUUAGUAGAUAAAAUGUUAGCCUUUUAUAUAUUAGGCUAAGUGCAAUUGAUUUCCUUUUUUUAAUGUUUCAUGACUACCCAAUGAUUGCAUUAUAACCACUCACAGUUGCUUAUACUUUUUCUUUGUUUUAACUUUUGUUUUUAACAUUUAGAAUGUUACAUUUUGUAUUAUACAGUAUUUUCUCAGACAUUUUGUAGAAUUUGAGUAGCUCCCUUAUUAUUUUGCUGAACAUUAAAAAAUGUGAUAGCAAGAUUAAUGCCAAUCAAAUGGAAAAAAAGCAGUCCCAAUAAACAAGACACAAUGUUUUUAUACAACAUACUUUAAAAUAUUAAGGAAUUUUCUUAAUUUUAUUUCCUAUUAAGUAUUAUUCUUUGAAUAAAGUCUUCUGCUGCUUUUGGUUUUCUCUCAAUUUAGCAUUUGCUUUUAGUUUUUUUCUCUAUUUAGCAUUCUGUUAAGGCAUAAAAACCUAUGUACUGUAUGGAAAAUGUUGUAAAUAUUACCUUUUCCACAUUUUUAAACAUAACUUUGUAUACAAAAA